GUGAGAGAAUCGAACCCUAGUGCAAGGUCAAAACCAAACUCGUAGACAAAAUAAUAGACCACUAGCCUGCACGAUCUGCUUCAUUAACUUUGUAAAUUUAUUUUGAUUUAUCAAUGCGAUAAUAGACGCAGAUUUUUUCCGGCCAAUCUUCUCCUCCGAGUAGCUAAACCCUAGCGACGGCGGCAACAAUGGUCUAGAUUCAACGUAUCGUUUCGUGGUUUAUCGGGUGACACUUUGGUGAGAGGGAGAGUAUUUGUGAAAGAAAUCAAUGGAUUUAGAUUUUGAUGAUCAACCCUCGGAUCAUGCUGCACCAGCAGUUAGGGCUGGUGCAAGGUUUAAACCAAAAGGCAGACCACAACCCAAGAAGAAGCAAGUCUCUCUUUCCACAACCCAAACAACACUCUCCCCUGAUGUUGCCCAGGAAAAACUCUCAACACAAAGUGAAGAUCUCGUCCCUCUAGACGGAUCAUCGGAGAUUCCCAGCAAUGCUUUACCUUCUGAGACUAAUGUGCCGGAUAGUGGAAGUAUUAACAAAUCUACCAUUGGAACAUUAUCAGAAGAGAAUGAAGAUGCAUUCCCAAGAGGGGUUCAUUGGUCUGUGAAACCAUCUAUUCUUCGUGCUUGUAAUAACGUGAAUUUGGUGGGAAAUAGACGUGAUGAUGGCAUAGAGGCGACGACUUCAUUUCCUGAUGAUCCUAGAACACAAGAUUCUGCAAUAUUUGGAGAUUAUGUUACUCCUGAAACCGGGGCAGACGAGGGUCGUGUGGACAUGGAAACUCUUGAUAUUGUACAGGAGGAAGGCACCACCAGUUCAUAUGUGCAACAUACUGGAAAGUUGCAACCAAAACCUAGAUUACUCGAGACUGUGGUUGAAGAACCUGAGCCUCAUUACUCCGCUGGUGAUACUGGUUAUUUUCCAAUGGGUACGAACGAGUCUGAGUUUAUGGCCAAUGUGGAAUCAAGAAACGGUUUCAGUACUUAUGAAGAUCUUCAAGAAGAAGAACUUAAUAUUCCUGAAGCCCCCAGAGAAACGGUUGGUGAGAUGGAGGCGCAAAAUGCUUCUGGCGGAUGGGAACAAGAAGAACAGGGUGUAUCGCCUUGCAUUAACAAUACAGUUACAGGAGAAGAAGAAAAUUGUAUGGGGAAUACAGUAGAAGAACAGUCUAAAAGAGAAAGCAAAACUGGAAAAUCGAAGCGAGCUACUUCUCGAAAGCGGAAAAAGACAAGUGAAGAACCAAAUAAGUCUAGCGAAAAAACAGAGCAGAAGAAGUUCAAGCAUUCAAGUCGUCGACAAAAAAGAACACUGGAGAAGGAAUUGCUUGAAACCCCGGAUCAUGAAAUCAGAUCUCUGCCUCUUAGAGAUAUGCUUCGCCUUGUCGAAUAUAAAGAAUGGAUGCAGAAAAAGGAAGCAAAGGGAGCUGGUGUGCAACCUAGCCAAGAAAGUAAUAAUAUGAACGGAUCAGGGAGCCAGUAUCAUUCUCAAGGUUUUGACGAAGAAGAUGAAUUUGGUGACUUUGGUAUAGAGUCGAGCGAAUAUCAAGAAAAUAAUGUAGUUAAACCGGAUUCACCGGUUAACUAUCAAACCUACAUGAACAAGACUUCAAGAACUCGAUGGUCAAAGGAAGAUACAGAACUCUUCUAUGAGGGUAUUCAAGAGUUUGGGAGCAAUCUCUCGAUGAUACAACAGCUGUUUCCUGAGAGAACGCGUGAACAGAUGAAGCUCAAAUUCAAAUUGGAGGAACGCCGAAAUCCAUUGAAGCUUAAUGAUGCAUUAUCAAGUCGCUCAAAACAUUUUACUCAUUUCAAGAACGUGAUUAAGAAGCUUCAACAAGAAGCCGCGGCUGCAAAAGAAGGCGAAGAAGAAGAAGAAGCUGGAGCAGAAGCAGAGACAACUGAUGUUCCCGAGAAUGAGGAGCCUGAGAAGUCUGAGGAGACGGAGCGAGCCAGUGAUGGAGUAGCAGCUGGAGUUAAGGAAUCGGACGGUGGGGAUGUUGAGAAUGGCGUGAGAUCGGACGGUGGAGAUGAAUGCGACGAUGAUGAAGAUUUUUGGAAUUCUUAUAAGAGUGACAUGUAAACUAUAGUCUUUUUCUUCGUGAUUGAGAUGAAAAUAUACGAUGUUAGUAAUAAAUUUGCUAAUUAUUCACGUUUAAUCGUUUUGAAUAUAAAAUUGCUAAAAACAAUGAUUCAAAUGUAAGUAUUAACUAGGGAAUUGUUUUCUAAUUGGUGAAAAUAAUUGAAAAGGGAAUAAAUAAUUUCCGAC